AUGCCCGGGACCUCCGUCAAGCUGUACGGUCGAAGGAAGGAGGAGUCCGCAGCGGCAGGCAAAGACGCCCGACUCGAGGCUCUAGCAGGGGAGGACGAGGGCUACGAUGAGUACAUCCCGCUCAAGGAGCGGAGGCGAAGAGAGGCGGAGAGGAGGGCGGGCAAGCUCGGCAAGAACCGGAGGGACAGGGAGCGCGCGAGGCUAGAACAGGAGAGGGAGGAAGACGAGCGGAUGGCGAGCAAGCGUGCGGCGGCGGCGAUAUCCUCCGCCGCUGGCGACGGAGAGGGAGGAGGAGAAGACGCGGCGGAGGCGGCGGCGGGACCGGGGGCGGAAGGGAGCAAGAAGCCCCGCACUCUGCUGGAGGCCGCGAAGGAGCUCAAGAAGGCCACCGCAAACCUAGACGCGGGCACAAUAAAGCAGAUGAGGGCGAAGGAGGAGGAGCACCGCAUGCUCAAGGAAGCAAACCAGGUCCAAACGAACGCUUUGAUGAGUGCUGCCGAGGUGGCCAAGGGCACCCGCUACACAGAGGCGUUGACAACGUCCUGGCGGCCUCCUAAGUACUACAGGGACAUGACGGAGGAGGACUGCGAUAAGCUUAGGGAAAAGUGGAGCAUUCUCGUAGACGGGGAGAAGGUUCCUCCGCCGAUCAAGUCGUUCAGGGAGAUGAAACUACCGGAUCCGAUGCUGGCCGCGCUUGAGGCGAAGGGCAUCAAACGCCCCACCCCUAUCCAGGUCCAGGGAGUUCCAGUGGCGUUAUCCGGACGGGAUAUGAUCGGAAUCGCCUUUACGGGGUCGGGUAAGACGGUUACCUUCAGCAUCCCCCUCAUCAUGCUGGCGCUAGAGGAGGAGAUGAAACUGCCGGUGGUGGGAGGAGAGGGCCCGUUUGGGGUUAUCCUGUGUCCGUCGCGAGAACUGGCGAGACAAACGUUCGACGUCGUGGACUACUUCUGCAAGCACCUGCACAGAGGGGGCUUUCCCGAGCUGCGUACGGUUCUGUGCAUCGGCGGGGAGGACAAGCGCAGCCAGAUCGACCCGAUUCAGAGGCAGGGCGUCCACUGCAUCGUGGCCACUCCGGGCCGAAUCAGCGACCUCCUCCACACCCACAAGGUCCACUUCGACCUCUGCAAGUACAUCUGUCUGGACGAAGGGGAUCGAAUGUUGGACAUGGGUUUCGAUGAAGAGGUACAGAAGAUCAUGAACCACUUCAAGCAGCAGCGGCAGACGCUCCUGUUCUCGGCCACCAUGCCGCAAAAGUUCCAGGACUUCGCGAAGGACGUUCUCGUCAAGCCGGUCCUCGUUAACGUCGGCCGUGCAGGAGCCGCUAACCUGGACGUUAUCCAAGAGGUGGAGUACGUGAAGCAGGAGGCGAAGAUCGUGUAUCUCUUGGAGUGCUUGCAGAAGACCGCGCCGCCGGUGUGCAUCUUCUGCGAGAAAAAGCAGGAUGUGGACGACAUCCACGAGUAUCUGCUGCUCAAGGGAGUGGACGCCGUGUCCAUCCACGGUGGGAAAGAGCAGGAGGAGCGAAAUGAAGCCAUCAAGCUGUUCAAGGAGGGCGUCAAGGACGUGUUGAUCGCCACCGACAUCGCCGCCAAGGGUCUGGACUUCCCCGACAUCCAGCACGUGAUCAACUUCGACAUGCCCGAUGAGAUCGAGAACUACGUGCACAGGAUCGGUCGGACGGGUCGCUGCGGGAAGACCGGGGUGGCAACUACUUUCAUCAACAAGAUGGUGGAAGAGUCAGCGUUGCUGGAUCUGAAGCACCUUCUCAUGGAGGCCCAGCAGCGGGUGCCCCCCGUCCUCAUGGCUUUGGAAGACCCCGACCAGGAGAUGGACGAGGUGGACGGAGUCAAGGGCUGCGCGUUCUGCGGUGGUCUCGGCCACCGCAUCACCAACUGCCCCAAGAUCGACAAGACCGCCAGCCAGAAGGCCGGCGCGCAGAGAGACGUGCUCGCGGACACUGGGGGCUACGGCGGGGACUGGUAGACUUCCUUACUUGCCCCUGCUCUUCGCUCGAUCUGUCCAUGUCUGCGAGUUGCCACGCUGCGCGUCGCCGUCGUCGUCGUCGGUGUGGUCGCCGGGGCCGCCGUUCUACCCUGCUGCUGCUGCUGCUGCUGCUACUGCUGCCGCUGCGCUACCCCUGAUCGUGCUACUUGCACUGCUGCGGUCGCGCUACUGGCGCUGCUGCAAAGUGUGCUACUUCCGCUGCUGCGAAGUGUGCUGCUUCCGGUGUUGCAAUGGUGCUACCCGCUGCGGCAAUGUUGCUACUUGCACUGCUGCGGCGGUGGUGGUUGUUUCUGUCCGGAGGUAGACGAUGGUCCCCUGUCCGGAAGCCGGCGGUGAUGCCCCUUGGGUUGCUCAUUCGUUGCUACGAUAUAUCCGUUGCCGUAAUAUGGAGGGCGGGCGGGGGAAAGGUCAGCGACCUUGUUCUUCCCCCUCGAACCUUUCGAUUGUUGUUGGUAGUAUUGCUGCUGUGUUUGUGACAGCUGGUGCGUGCGUAAUCAAUUCUCAGUCCGUAUCGACCCAAGUCCGGGUCGGUUCCGUGUGAGAAGAAUACGGUAUGCGGGAGUCCUCGCUGUCAAUCGGGAUUUUGAUAGUUGAUUGUGGAUACGGGCGGUACACGGUGAAGUGGGAGGAGAUACCUCGUGUGGUAUGGUGAGGUAAUUCUGUUAUUCGGCAAGGUCUGGCGGAAGCAACGGGCGCCCCGAAGCAGAUUCUCGUGUUGGUUUUUCUUCGUAGGGCCUGCGUGAGAUGGGCAUACAGCUGCUGCAGACUAGUGGGCCGCGUAGACGCUUGCUGUCGGAUGUAUCUCAUGGGUACGGCACCGCAGGUCUUGUCUUGUGAGAGGCUGAGGGAUAGAGCGAUCGAAUGCACAAGCCUUUGAAAAAGGAGCAUGCCAUACGGUGCUUACGCCAAGGGGAACAAACAUCCAAUGAAGCCGGGCAAAAAUUUAGUGGGAGAACUGCUGUUCGGGAGUGGGUCAACAGAGGCCGUUGGUUGGGGUGCGUGCUUACGGGGCUACCCGUGCCAUGGACGUGUGCGUCGAACACCCUUCGUUUAACCUGUUCCUGGCUGCCAAUGUACGGGUAGUCUUUCUGUGUGUGUAGACUGGUUAUUUGUCCUAAUACUGCUGUGGUAGAUAAUAUGAGAGCGCAUAGACUUGAUCACGUGACCAAUGUAAGUUCGCACUUACACGAGACGACCGAGAUAGUCUUGCAUUAUAGAGACGGCCGUAUGCAUGUAUGCACGCGUAAACCGAGGUCUUUUGGAGGC